GCCGCACCGCACCACGCCAACAAAAGGAGGAAAACAGCACGCCCGAACCCUACUGCUGCUGCGGACACGCACCACUAGCACACCUCGCAUCGUCGCCGGAUCGGAGGAGGAGGGGAGCCGAGUAGGAAGAAGGCCGAGGAUGUUCCGCAACCAGUACGACACCGAUGUCACCACCUGGAGCCCGCAGGGGCGGCUGUUCCAGGUGGAGUACGCCAUGGAGGCGGUGAAGCAGGGCUCGGCCUGCGUCGGCCUCCGCUCCGCCACCCACGCCGUCCUCGCCGCCGCCAACAAGUCCGCCAACGAGCUCUCCUCGCACCAGCGCAAGGUCUUCCGCGUCGCCGACCACGCCGGGGUCGCGCUCGCCGGCCUCACCGCCGACGGCCGCGUCCUCUCCCGCUUCCUCCGCAACGAGUGCAUCAACCACGCCUUCGUCUACGACGCGCCGCUCCCCGUCUCCAGGCUCGCGCUCCGCCUCGCCGACAAGGCGCAGGUUUGCACACAGCGUUCAUGGAAGAGGCCCUAUGGGGUCGGCCUCCUUGUUGCGGGUCUAGAUGAGUCUGGAGCCCAUCUCUACUACAACUGCCCCAGCGGGAACUACUUUGAGUACCAGGCAUUCGCCAUUGGCUCCCGCUCUCAGGCAGCGAAGACUUACCUCGAACGCAGAUUCGAGAAAUUCAAUGCCUACACCCCGGACGAGCUCAUCAAGGACGCGCUCUCAGCCAUAAAGGAGACCCUCCAAGGUGAGAAGCUGACGAGCUCCAACUGCACCAUUGCCAUUGUCGGCAGAAAGGAGGAUGGCACCGUCGAGCCCUUCUCCAUGAUCGACUCCAAGAGGAUCCAGGAGAUCAUUGAUUCCAUGGAGGCUGCCGACGAGGCACCAGCGGCCGAUGCUCCGGCUGAAUCAAGCUCGAUGCAGGAGGACAGGGGCGACGCACCUGCCGCAGGGGAUGCCCCCGCGGCGGCGGACGAGCCUGCUGCACCGGACGCCCCGGCGCCGAUGGACAUCUAGGCGUCGUCUGAUCGAUACAUGUCAUGUCCGUCCACCCCCCUUGUCGCACCACCAUUCAGAGUUUCCAAAAAGACUAGACUGUUGUUUUAGAAAGGUUGCCAUCCAUUGUGUGUACUCUUUGCUUCUGUGCCACUACAGCUUUGCGGUGCCUGUGUCUGGACAGAUUGAUUUUUAUCUAUCAUGUGAUGGUGCGGACA